AUGAUGCGCCACGUGCUGUGUAUCCUCGCUCUCCUGCUCUCAUGUGCGUGUGUGCACGUCCUCGCUGAAGAAGUGCCUGCCGCCGAUCUUUCCGACCAAGUCCCUGAUACGGAGAGUGAGACGAAGAUUCUUCUUCAAGGCACUCCUGUUGCUCAGUGCACUGAAGAAACUUCUGGGUGCCCUCCUGGUGGUGCUCCUUCUGCAUCUGGUACUUGUACUACUACUGGUGAAACUGGUAAUUGUCCUUCUGCAUCACAACCAGCACCACAGACAACAGUUGAGGCUCGAGACGCGCUACAACAACAACAACCGCCACAACAACCAGUACAACCAGUACAACCAGUACAACCACCACAAGUUCAACAAGAAGAAGGGCAUCAACAUAAAGAUAAGGAACGUUCAAAGGAUGCAUCACGUAAUGUUGAACAAUCUGAUGUGCAAACAGGUGGUAACAGUGUAUCAGCGGGAAGUGAAGCCCGAGGGAAUACGUCAACCACAGCAGGUAAUGUAGACUCACAAAGAACACAACAAAACACAACAGAAGGAGAGGCAACGACAUCAUCUGAAGGCACAAACUCAACUGGAGACGGUGGUUCCAACAACACCAACCCACAAACUCAAUCGGAAAGUGCAAAUGAAGGUGUUGACAGUAAUCCCAGCAAUCAGACUACUGCAGCUGCAGGUACGACUGGCACAGAAGGUUCACAAGAGAAUGUCAACGUUGAUUCAACCACCACCACCACCACAACAACAACAACAACAACAACACCAACACUUCCUCCUGAACUCACAAACAACAAGAAGGGUGAUGCAGACAGCAGCAGCAGUAUCAGCAGUUCUGUGUGGGUGCGUGUACCACUACUGAUU